AUGAAACACUUCAUAGGAGGCCAUGGCCUCCUAUUAAUAUUGAACGUUGCUUUGGUGGCUGCAAAAGUCAAAGAUUGUGCUCUGCUUGGCCCAGCCUUUCCUAUUCCAACUCGACUAUCGUCGAGUUUGACCUUCCAACAUGAGCUGGAGAGCCUGUCGCGGAAAAUAGCAGAGGGUUUGGCCUCGUCCAAAAUAAACGGAGAAGAAUCGUCAUUUUCUUUGAAUGUAUUCACCGGCGAAGAUGGAUCUCCAAUCUGGGAGUACCAUCAUGUCGCGAGCACGUUCAACGGCACAUUGCCAGAUGAAGGAUUGGACGGGAAUACCGUCUACCGUGUGGCCAGCAUUACAAAACUCCUCACUAUAUACACCCUACUUGUUGAAGCCGGAUUCGAAUUCUUGAACGAGAAAGUUACAAAGUAUAUCCCUGAGCUUGCCGCAGCUCCAAAAUCAAACGAGAUUAUUGGGGAUCUCGCAUCCACAGUCCAAGCUUCACCGAUACUUAAAGCAAUGUUUCCUCCCCCAGAGAAGAAUGACACGGUUUCAUCGUUCAUAAAUGAGAUUUUGCAUCGUCGGCCGGUUUACGCUCCUUUCAAUGCGCCUAUCUAUUCCAAUACAGCAUUUACACUUUUGGGCAUGGCGUUGGAGAAACUCAAGGGACGGACGCUUGUAGACAUGAUGAGAGAUUCCGUAUUCAACACUCUGGAUCUAUCACGGACUAGUUUCUUCCGGAAUGAUUCAUGGGGGAUUAUCCCUGGGAGCCCUAGCAGCUCUUUCUGGAAUGUUUCCUUUGGGCUGGAAGCACCGGCCAUAGAGGCUUACUCUACUGCUAAUGAUUUAGCUCGAUUGGGCCAGGCCAUUUUGAACUCCACUCUGCUCACACCAACCGAUACCCGUCGAUGGCUGAAACCGAUGACUCAUACUAGUUCACUUUCCCACUCCGUGGGCGCUCCGUGGGAGAUAUUUCGCGCGAAGAAUCCUCGCGUGGUUGAUAUGUACACGAAAUCUGGCCACGUCGGAUUCUACACGUCCCAGUUCGUUCUCCUACCAGACUACAACGUGGGACUGACUAUUUUGAUUGCGACUCCUGGAGAGCCCCCGGUGUCUACCAUCGCAUCAACCAUGGCAUCUCAUUUAAUCACUGCUCUCGAAAACGAAGCAAGGAGACAAGCUCAGAUAAAGAUUGCGGGCUUCUAUCGCGCCAAUAAUCUGAACUCGUCAAUUGCCCUGGAAACAAAUGACGAUCAUCAUGGCAUCCGCAUUUCGCACUGGAUCAGCAAUGGUACCGAUGUUAUUCAAUUUCUCAAGACACUUGUAGAGGACUCCAAGAAGACAACUGAUUCUGUACAUGUGCGAUUAUAUCCAACGCAACUUAGAGCAGAUUCUGCUUGCCCUAAUUCUGGAAAAAGGUGCACGGACGUUUCGUUCCGGGCGACUAUUGAUAUAAUACCAGCGGAAGUCGAGGGCGCGGAUUAUGAGGAACUGUUUUCUGGCAGAUGUUUCCACUGGAUGGAAAUAGACGGUCUCUUGUAUGACCAUAUCAGCCUCGAUGAUAUUGUAAUCAAGGUUGAAAAGGAUACUGGGAAAGCUGUGGCGGUAGAACCCCGGGCGUGGAAGAUUAGAAUGGAUCGGGUUUGA